AUGAAGGUUAUCAUUGUAGCUUGGUCAAGAGAAUUUCUUUUUGAAAUUGGUCCUCAGGAACCUGUUCUUGAAAUAAAAAGAAAGAUUGAACUCCUCCUUGGUGUUCCUAUAGCUUCACAGAUUCUAGCAGUGUUUGGUUGGGAAUUGGUAGAUGGACUAGACAUGGAAGAUUACCCCAUUGUCACUGAAGGUAGAAAAAUUGAUCUCACAAUCAAACCAAUGACUCCACCAUUCAACAACCACAAUAGGAAGAUCCAAAUCAUAGUAAAAUUUUCUUUUAGGCAGAUUAGCAUGGAAGCAGAUAGAACAGAAACUGUGCGUAGCUUGAAAGAAAAAAUUCAUAUUGUUGAGGGUACACCAAUCAAAAGAAUGUCUCUUUUCUUUUCUGGGGUAGAAUUGGAUGAAGAUUUUCGCAAUCUCACCGAGUAUGGUAUUCGUGAAUUCUCUGAAAUAAUUGUGUUCCUUAAGACUCUGACUCGUCUGAGGGAUGAUCCACCUACAAGAAAGCUAAACAUUGUCGUGCAAACUUCUUCUUCUUUGCUUAAUGCUGCGAGCAUUCCUUUGGAGAUGAAGGACUCGAGUACUAUUAAUGACCUAAGGAGGCUUCUUUUGAGCAGAAAAAUUCUUCCCCAAGAUGAUUAUUUGUUCAUACACAAGCAGAGGAUCAUGCGUGAUCAUUGCAGCCUUCGAUGGCAUGGCGUUGAGAGUGGAGAUUCUCUUUAUGUGUUCAAGGGGACGGUAAACCGUAAUGGAUACUGA